AGAACUUGGAUGCAGCUGUUCUGAUGAUUAAAACCAAUGCAGGACAACAACCCCUUUUUUUGUCCUUUCUCAGCUUCGCAGCAAGAACUAGUAGCAACGGAUUGCUUGUGGUUUAUGAGAUCUUCACAAAUAGAGUUCUCUUUAUACGUUCUUAUACUACACCCAGAGCCAUAUUCACAGGUAAAUGGCAAAUGGCAAAUAGGGAAGCAAGCGACCUGUGCGGAUGAGAUUACUUUCAUUCCACCAUCAACUACUAAGCUAAAUAUCUCCCCUGUUACAGAAUACCAGGACCCAAGAACUUCAUGGAUCCAGUGCCACUUAACCGAAACAGCAAAGGCAACACAAAUCCAAGGAGAAGUCGAGUUGACUGUGGAUCUUCACUUCUUGAGCACUUCCAUUCCUUUCAGUUUGUUUCUUGUCUGAAAAAAUUUCGCACGUUCUUAGAAGAAGAAGAAACAACUAUGCUCCAUGUUGUCAUUGUCGUAGGCAGAAAACAAGGAAGGGAAUGUUAUUGUUGCUAUAGUUGGAGGUGAAAAUACAUGAAAGUGAGAGGAAGAAAAGAGAGGAAAUAGAAUGAGAGUUGAGAGCUAUGAAGCACAGAUACUUCAUGUAAGGCAAAGAAUCAGUAUCAGACACGUAUCGGAUACUGAUACUUCUAGAUACUUCUCAUAUAUGUAUCUGACGCGCGAUUUAACGUAUCUAUAC